GAUUGUUGAUCGCUAGUAAAGCACGAAUCGAUCAGCUAUGGCGGCCUCUGACCCGAUCAUCCUUCCCACAUGUCUCCUCGAAGUUAAAGACGAUCUACCGAUCGUGCGUCUACCACAUCCCAGGACGCGUUUGCCUGCACUAUUCGCGAUCAAAGCUGGGCAAGGAAUUUGGGAGAUCCAAUCCAUCAUUUCAUCGCCAACUUCGAGCCGAUCAUGGUUUUUUAGACCGAGACGCGAAGAUCAGAUUGAUCAAUUAAUCAGUCAACAAGCUGGCCGUCUGCUUGUCGUCACCCCCUUCGAUCCUUUCUUUCUUCUUCUCGGGCUUUUCCUCGGACACGCAAACUCGGACAACGAAACCGAUCCGUUUGCAAUUGAUAAGAAGAGCACCGACCACCGCGCUCGGUUUGAAGAUAUAGAAACGAUUCUUGAACGGAUACAGGAGCAUUGGCUGUUUGCAGGAAGUGCGGAGGGUCCGACUGCCGGUGAUGUGGAGCUCUUCACAAACGAAGCCUUUCAAGAUAAACACCUCUCCCGAAUCUUCGCCCCUCUCCAUCAAGAAGAGACUGGGACCACGCUGUGGCGUCUGGAAGCCGAACGCAUAGUUAAGGAAAUUAGGCGCAAAGUCGAUCAACUUAAUUCUGUCGGUCUGGAUGCGGGUCGAGAUGCCCGUACGGUCUGGACUCGACUUGGAUCCAAGGAGGGUCUGUUUGACUUUGAACAGACUUCUCAUAAUCUACCUAUAAUUAAUGACAUCUACAAGAAAAUCUCGCUCGAGAUGAUUCAGGCCUAUCUCCCGAAACCGAUCAGCGAGCAUCUACAAGGCAUGAAUGAGUAUAAAUUCUUAGCGUUGAAAAAGGAGAAGGAGAACCAGGCGCGCCGCUCGACGAUUAAUCCUCUAGAGAUCGGACGCAAUCCUCAAGGCUCAGAGGCCAAGUCCAAGAGCACCGCCAAACCACCUCCCGCUAAGAGGAAGAAAACCGAGGACAGUCUGAAACCAAGGCCCAAAGGCACCCUUCAUCAGUUCUUCAAACCUAAAGCUCCCUGAAUCAAGACAAUACGGUGCCUGAAUCCUCUGCCGAUUUCUUUCUUCUUCAUGUAUUUGCCCCUUCUUCCGCAGAGAUUGAAAUCAUCCAUCUUGACGAACGACAUCACACAUAGACUCAAAUGUACACAAUGAUAGAUAUUCAUUGCAUUGAUAGAUAUUCAUUGCAUCAAUCCAUAGAUCAUCCCACUUUGUGUGUCCAAUCAUAAGGCUCUGUUUGACCAUGUCUACUGAUCAUAUUCUAUUCUAUGUGACAAAUUAUCUGCUAUCAAUUGUCAGGAUAUCAUGAGUUUCUAUGUAUCAAUCAUCUUGCGGAAAAUGAGAACUCCUCACAGGUUUCAUGGUUGUAUUCAGCUGGGGCUCCUUGGAUACCGCC